AUGACACCAACGGCCACAGCGCAGCGAGAACGCAUAGGUGUAGCGCGUGUGCUAAUGCGCCUGCUGCAGAUCCUUGGACUUUGGCCAAUAUGGAAAGAAAGCCACCAAAAAAAUGGCAGUUCAACACAAUGCCGCAAUUGGCUGACGCACUACUACCGCUACCUGCUGCACGUGCCGCUCACCUUCACCUACAAUACGCUCAUGUGGAUCGAGGCGCUGACGCGCUGGGAACGCGCCGAUCACAUACUCUACAUCUCCAUCACCGAAGUGGGUAUGAUGGCGUUGACGCUAAACUUCUGGCGCUUAGAGCAGCGCGCUUACCACUUUAUGCACGAGCUCAGCUACAGCGACAACUUGGCUUUGCGCAACCAGGCGGAACGUCAGUGGUGGCGCGGAGAGCAGCGCUUUUUUGCGCGCAUUGCCGUGUGCUAUAUAGGCGGCGGCGUGUGUGUGCUCUUCACAGCAUUCGGCGCAACACUGCUCGUGAAUGGCUACUCCUUGCCCUACGACUAUUGGCUACCAUUCGAAUGGCAUAACGCGCAAAAUUAUUGGUACGCCUACGGCUAUGAGUUGAUAGCGAUGUCACUCACGUGCAUCUCAAACGUCACCAUGGAUAUGCUGCUGUGUUAUUACCUCUUUCACGUGGCGCUUUUAUACAAGUUAAUUGGCAUGCGUCUAAUGGCGUUGCAGCAUCUAAGCGAAAGGUUGGCCGUGCAACAGCUGAUAAACAUAAUCGAGUUACAUAAAAGAGUCAAAAGGUUGACAACGCAAUGUGAGGUGCUCGUGUCCGUGCCCAUUCUGGUGCAAAUCGUGCUGAGCGCCUUCAUUUUAUGCCUUUGUGCCUAUCGCUUACAAACUAUGCAAAUUAGCGAGAAUCCAGGCCAAUUUUUAGCCAUGUUGCAAUUUGCCAGCGUGCUGACGUUGCAAAUAUUUCUGCCAUGUUACUUUGGCAAUGAGAUUACCAUAAAUUCGGAUGCGCUGACAACGUGUGUGUACAACAGUAAUUGGGAGGAAUUUUCACCGCCUACGCGUAAGCUAAUGAAUCUGUAUAUGGAGCUGCUGAAGCGACCGGCGCAAAUAAAAGCUGGCAACUUCUUCUUGGUGGGCCUGCCCGUUUUCACAAAGACCAUGAAUAAUGCUUACAGCCUUCUAGCGCUACUUUUGAAUAUGAGUAAAUAA